AUGUCCAAGGACAUAUGGUGGCAGUCCCUGGAUGCAUCUAUCUUAGAGCUCUGUGGUGCAGGUGUGUUAGACUUCUCCAAUGUCCAAAACAUGAGGCACCUGAUUAACUUGCGUGACAUUAGGAAUUCAGGUUUUGUGUUUCCAAACUCUGGUGUUCCAGGAUUUGCUGACGUUGGGGAGCUGAAAUCACUUCGAGAAUUGUGUGACUUCAGAGUUAGAAAGGACAAGGGGUAUGAGCUGAAGCAGCUCAAGAGCAUAAAUCACCUUCGCGGCAGGCUGAGAAUCAGUGGCCUUGAGAGUGUGGAAAGCAAGCAGGCAGCUCUAGAUGCCAAGCUAACUGACAAGAAGCACCUCACAUCACUGUCGCUUGAAUGGUCAGGGCAGCAGCAUAGCUGCUCACCAGACCUGCAAGUAGAGAUCCUUGAAGGCCUCUGCCCACCAUCACAGCUCACAGAACUGGAAAUACGACAGUACAAUGGACUGAGAUGCCCAAGCUGGCUGUCGUCAGAAAAUCUGAAUGGUCUCCUUAGAAACCUGCAAGAUCUCCAACUCUGCCGAUGUAACAAUCUAGAAGAUCUUCCGAAAAUACGUAAACUUUUCAUUUGCAUUCGCCGUCUGAGACUCAUUGGCCUUCCCAAACUGAAAAGGUUGCCAAGACUACCGGAUAGACUGGAGAACCUGCAGAUUGAGCAGUGCAAUGCCCUUGUGGUGACAUGUAGGGAAGAUGUGAACAUGAUAAGGUGCAACUUUGUUGAGCAAGCAACUCGAACUGAGCCAUCUCUGAAUGUUAGUGCUAGUGAUGUAGUACAGAUUGACAGGUUCUCUGGUGAGCAGCCUGACAGGUUUGACACAAUCUUGUGCAACAUUUUCGGCAGAUGUGGUAACUUGCCUGGUAGACUUAUCCGUGGCCAUGUAAGAGAAGAAGAUUACUCCCAGUCUGCACUUCCUGCAUCAGUGGUUGAUAGGCUUAUCAUCUCAUACUGCUUUGUCACAGACACAGUCCUGCACAGUUGCCUGAGAGGCUCUGCAAACCUGGUUAGCUUGAACCUAAGGUGUCUUCCCUUUCUCACAGCAAUCCCUUGUGAGGUGAUGAAGUUUAUGGCAAAGCUCUCUGACCUCUCCAUUGAGGACUGCCUCCAGUUUGCUCACUUGCAAGGCCUGAACCAUCUCAGUAGGCUGCAACACCUCACCAUUGCCAAAUGUCCAAAACUUAGGGCUCUUGGAGAAGAUGAGAAAGUUGGAAGUCUUCAUGGACUUUCCAUUGAUGACAUACCACUUGUUCCACAGCUGCUGUCAAGAAAAGGCUGCUCAUCCCUAUGGAGCCUUAGAAUCGACGAAUCAGAGGAGCUGAGGGAAGAAGGUAUCUUGGAGCAGCUUACUUCACUGACAUCCCUUGAUUUCAGUUGCUGCAAUUGGAACAAAUUGCCGGAGAAUUUGGCGAACCUGACAUCACUUGAGCAUCUUCGUUUGGAUUGCUGCAAGAAGAUUCAGUCACUUCCAGCACUUCCUGCAUCUCUAAGGUCAUUCGAGGUCGAGGAAUGCGAUCCAUUGUUCAUGAAGAGCUGCCAGAAGGAUGGAGAUCCUAAUUGUCAAAAGAUCGCCAAUGUCCUGGUGAAAAGAUUUUCAUCUUAUCCCUAG